AUGUCCUGCACGAAGUCAUCGAUGCGGGCUGCCCGCCUGCUAUCCGCGCCCAUCCGCGACUAUUCCUCUCGGGCACUGCUCGGAGGUGCGCGACAGCUCAACACACUUUCAAACUCCCCUCUACGGACGACCCGAGCUCGCCCGCUUGCGAGGCAAUCACAAUUUCCAGGUCCUCUGUUAGGGGGACUGGCGAACCGAGUACGAACGAUAUUCAUCCAGACCGAAAACACUCCCAACCCAGAUGCCAUAAAAUUCCUUCCGAAUCACCGAGUUGUUCCCGAAGAUCUCGGAACACCGUUUAUCGAAUAUCUCAACCCUCGGUCCACCAUCUCACCACCGUACCCCUCCCAGCUGGCUGCGAAGUUGAUGAACAUCGAUGGAAUCACGUCGGUAUUCUACGGUGCCGAUUUCAUCACCGUCACCAAAGCCGCCGACGUGAAUUGGGCACACGUCCGACCCGAGAUAUUCGCUCUUAUCACCGAGGCCAUUACCUCGGGCGAGAAGAUCGUCACCAUUGCGGAGCGCAAGGAGGGUGCGCCCGAGGAGGAAGAGGACAGCCUGGCUUAUAAUGAGGAUGAUAGCGAGGUUGUUGGCAUGAUCAAGGAGCUGCUUGAGACAAGAAUCCGCCCCGCCAUCCAGGAGGACGGUGGCGAUAUUGAGUUUCGAGGGUUCACCGACGACGGUGUCGUCAAACUGAAGCUACGCGGGGCGUGCCGUACCUGUGACUCAAGCACAGUCACUCUCAAGAACGGCAUAGAGAGCAUGCUGAUGCAUUAUAUCGAGGAGGUCACAGCAGUAGAACAGGUUCUGGAUGAGGAGGAGCAAAUUUCUCUGGAGGAAUUCGCCAAGUUUGAAGAAAAGCUGAAAGGCCAGAGGGGCGUAAAUGCCUCUGCUGCCUGA